AGAUGCUGAGGCAAUUAUCCUAUUUGUUAGGCUUAUUAAUUUUUCCAAGUGUACAAGGAGGAAUUGGGUUCAAUUCAAAGGAUCAGUCGUUCUGUGUUCUCCAAGAUGAACCAAGACAGUGUGGCUCCUUUUGCCUGGCCGCACUCAACCCGCUUUUCGACCAUUCCCGCAAUAUCCGAAAAAGGUUGGAUGAAAUCGAGGCUGGGCUGAAGGCCGGAUUCGAUUCGAGACUCAAGCAGGAACUCAUCACAAAAGAAGACUUCGCGAAUUCAAUUCAGGCUCUGCAGACCAAGCUGGAUGCGAGAUUGGACAGAAUGGAGGGACUUAGGACGAUACAAAUCACAGCCGAUGCCAACGAUGAACAUAAAAGUCAAGUAAAUACUUUGAAAGAUACUAUAAAAGACUUGCAGAAUAAGCUAAAAAUAUCCGAAGGUCAAACCAAAAGCAAAGAAGACAUUUUAAAAGUGAAAGAGGAGGACCUUAAAAAUAGAGAUGAACAAAUCUCGACCCUUACGACUCAAAUUCAAGCGCUUGAGAACACAAAAUCAGAACUAUCUAGUCAGCUUUCGGAAUACCAAAUAAAACUCAGGGAAAUGGAACCAUUUAAGGUGUCAUGUGCAUCGUCUCCACGUGGUUGGACUGUAAUUCAGAGACGCAUUGACGGAUCCGUGAACUUCAAUAGAACCUGGAAUGACUAUAAAUCUGGAUUUGGGAAUGUCAGUGGAGAAUUCUUCAUCGGGCUGGAAAAAUUGCAUCGGAUGACUGAGGCACGACCCCACGAACUCUACAUUAAACUUGGGAUGGUUAAUGGAUCCACCAGCUACGCUCGUUAUGAUGACUUUAAGAUUGGGAGUGAGAAGGAAAACUACAAGUUGAAGAAUCUAGGGAAAUAUUCUGGUGAAGCCGGAGACUCCCUUACAUACAGUAAGAACCAAAAGUUUUCCACAUUUGAUCGGGAUAAUGGCAAUAUCUUUGAUUUCAAUUGUGCCUUUAGAGAUGGUGCAUGGUGGCACAAAUACUGUCCACAUAGUAUGCUCAAUGGAAAAUACUUCAAAGAUGGCAAAGGUCGUGGCGGAAUUCAUUGGAACUCAUGGAAUAUAUAUUGGUAUGAAUCACUUACCUUUGUCGAAAUGAUGAUAAGGCCCAAGUCCUUAUAA